UCGGUGUAUUAGCCAUAGCCGAAGCUCUUUCUCUCUGGUUGUUGGGAUCGAGAAAACUUUGCCUUGAAAAGCUCGGCAACUGUAAAUCACACCGUCGCAGAAACUACCCAGAAACAGCAUCUCAAGGAGAGAUAAUCAUUAUUAUAACCAAUGCCUGAUGCUCUUCUCUUGAUUGCUUGUUUUGGUUUAUGAUUGUUAUUCUGCCUAUUUUUAUCGGAUGCAGUUUAACGAUUCAUUUUUGGAUUGAGUUCUAAGCCGAUAUAGAGCUGUUGCCAUAGAUACAUACAACGAGUUGUUGAAACAAUGGAUGCUAACGAGGUUGAAGAAAGUUUUUUUGCCCCUAGUGAUGCCAAGCUACACGGAGAAAUGUGCAAUGCCCUUUCAGUGAUUUACUGCAAGAUCAUGUCUAUUUUCCCGUCGCUCGAAGAUGCUCGGCCGAGAAGCAAAUCUGGAAUUCAAGCUUUGUGUUCACUUCACGUGGUUUUAGAAAAAGUGAAGAACAUUCUACGCCAUUGCACUGAAUCUAGUAAACUUUACUUGGCUAUAACAGGGGACUCAGUAGUUUCGAAAUUUGAGAAGGCGAAAUCUUCUCUUACAGAUAGCCUUAGGCGUGUUGAGGAUAUAGUCCAACAGUCAAUUGGAUCUCAGAUUUUGGAGAUUUUGAUGGAAUUAGAGAACACUCAGUUUUCACUUGAUCCGUCAGAGAAGGAAAUUGGCGAUCAAAUAAUUGGAUUGCUGCAACAAGGGGGCAAUUUUGAGAGCACAUCUGAUAAUAACGAGCUUGAGGUUUUCCAUAAAGCUGCUACUAGACUAGGUAUCACUUCUUCAAGAGCAGCUCUAACAGAGCGAAGAUGUCUCAAGAAACUCAUUGAGAGGGCCCGAAUGGAGGAUGACAAGAGGAAAGAAUCAAUUGUGGCUUACCUAUUACACCUCAUGAGGAAGUACUCAAAGCUAUUUAGAAGUGAGAUCUGGGAUGACAAUGAUUCACAGGGUAGUAGCUCAUUGCCUUGUUCGCCAACUAUUCAGGGUUCUCUUGACGAUGUCCCUGGUCGUGCUUUCGACCGCCAGCUGUCAAAACUCAGUUCCUUCAACUUCAGACCUUGCAAUAACAAUAGGAAAUCUGUGCAGAUGUCUGUUCCGCCAGAAGAAUUGAGGUGUCCGAUAUCAUUGCAGCUUAUGUACGACCCUGUCAUUAUCGCAUCUGGACAAACGUAUGAGAGAAUCUGUAUUGAGAAGUGGUUUAGCGAUGGACACAACACAUGUCCCAAAACUCACCAGCAGCUCUCUCAUCUAUGCUUGACUCCUAACUAUUGUGUCAAGGCUCUAAUUUCGAGUUGGUGUGAACAGAAUGGCGUUCAGGUCCCUGAUGGACCCCCUGAGUCUCUAGACCUUAACUAUUGGAGGCUGGCAUUGUCUGUAUCCGAGUCCACUGAAACGAGAACAGCGAAAGGUGUUGGUUCUUGUAAGUUGAAGGACGUGAAGGUGGUUCCUUUGGAAGAAAGUGGAACUAUUAAAGAGGAAGCUUGUGAAUCAGAAUACCAGGAAGCUCAAGUUACUCUUGUUGAACAAUGUACGGAUUUGUUGACCACUUUGAGUAUAGUGGAUAACUUAAGGAAGAAAUGCAGAGUUGUUGAGCAAAUAAGAGUAUUGCUAAAGGAUGAUGAGGAGGCCAGGUUUCUCAUGGGGGAAAAUGGAUGUGUUGAAGCGUUGCUUCAGUUUCUCGGAGCAGCGCUCCUUGAAAAAAAUGCUUCAGCCCAAAAAGUUGGAGCCAUGGCUCUCUUCAACUUGGCUGUGAACAACAACAGGAACAAGGAGUUGAUGUUAGUAUCAGGAAUUAUUCCUCUGCUGGAGGAAAUGCUCUGUAAUCCACAUUCCCAUGGUUCAGUGACAGCACUUUAUCUGAACCUGUCGUGUCUUGAAGAAGCAAAGCCCGUAAUAGGUUCGAGUCUGGCAGUUCCUUUCAUGGUAAAUCUUCUUUGGAAAGAGACUGAAAUCCAAUGCAAAGUCGAUGCCCUUCACGCACUCUUCCACCUAUCCACUCACCCUCCCAAUAUUCCCUGCCUCCUAUCUGCCGACAUUGUCAAUGCCCUUCAAUCCCUCACCGUCAGUGAUGACCAACGAUGGACGGAAAAGUCCUUAGCUGUUCUCUUAAAUCUGGUUUUGAACGAGGCUGGAAAAGACGAGAUGGUUUCAGCACCUGGCUUAGUGAGCAAUCUAGCCACCAUUCUUGACACGGGUGAACCAAACGAGCAAGAACAAGCAGUUUCUUUGCUUCUGAUAUUAUGCAAUCACAGUGAGAUCUGUAGCCAGAUGGUUUUACAGGAAGGAGUGAUACCUUCUUUGGUAUCUAUAUCCGUAAACGGGACUCAAAGGGGAAGAGAGAGAGCACAGAAGCUACUGACACUAUUCAGAGAACUGAGGCAGAGGGAUCAAACCCAUCUUACAGAAACACAUACAGAGGUCAGGAGCCCGGAAGAGAGCGGGUUCUCUGUCGCUGCAGCCGCUGUAACAGAGUCAAAACCGCAGUGUAAAUCAGCCUCGAGAAAGAAAAUGGGAAGAGCGUUCAGUUUCCUAUGGAAAAGCAAGAGCUUCUCAGUUUACCAGUGUUGAGAGUCGGGUCUUUUACCUUUAGUUGGUGUAAAGUUUAACUUGUUUUUCUCCCUCCUAAAGACUUAUUAUUUUAUCUCUUUUUGAAAGUCUUGGAGGCAAAAAAGGAUGCUUUGUAUAGGUUUUUGGUAUUUGCUAUAUACUAAGAUGUAUUUUACUACAAAAAAUAAUUCGUCUCUGGAAGUAAG